AUGUCUCUACUCCUCGUCGUGAGCGGGCUCGCGCUCGUAUUAACCGCCUAUGUCUUGCACCCGCUCCUGCAUCUUGUUCUCGCGCUCUGGCUUUCGCCUCUCGCGCGGCUGCCAUCCCCGCCUUCACCGUCUCUGCUGCUCGGAAACCUGGCGGCUAUCGCUGACCAGGAGAACAACGAUGUCAUGACGAGCUGGACCAGGAUUUAUGGCUCCACAUUUACCUAUCGUGGCUUUAUCGGUGGCAGGCGCUUAUUGACCACCGAUCCGCUCGCGUUGAAUCAUAUUCUCGGUCACGCGUACGAGUACCCUAAGCCCGAGUUCGUGCGCGCGAGUUUGUCGGCUAUGGUGGCUGGAGAAGGAGGACUCUUGACCGUGGAGGGGGAGGUUCAUCGUCGACAGAGAAAGGUGCUGAACCAGGCGUUCACUCCUGCAUCCAUCAAAACGCUCUAUCCGCUGUUUCAGCGCAAAGCCGUCGAGUUACGCGAUGUGCUCUUCCGCGCGACCGAGACCUUUACGCCACCAGCCACGCCGGCGCUCACUGUGAGGCACCGAAAGUCUAAGAUGGUAGACUCGCUUGCCAUCUUGCGUUCAUUGGAUCCUCCCGCCAAGCCGGUAUCCCCAACGACAGCAAGUCACCUGCCUUCACGACAACCCGGCGUUUCGCACGGUGCUGUCGUCGACAUGCUGUCCUAUCUCUCUCGCGCCACACUCGACGUGAUCGGUGAAGCUGGUUUCGGCUAUCACUUCAACGCAUUGAGCUCUCCGGACUACAACGACGAAAAGCCGGAGAACGAACUGUCGGCGGCGUUCGCUGUCAUCUUCUCUACGGCCCGCCAGUACCGGGUGCUGAACAUCUUCCAGUCGUGGUUCCCGUUGCUCCGUCGUUAUCAACCGAAUGGCGCUUCAAUCAAAGACGCGCAGGAAACUAUCCGUCGUGUCGGGACGCAGCUCAUCACCGAACGUUUAGAAGCGUCUCCGGCCGAGGACGAGCCCCGAGAUUUGCUGAGUGCUAUCGUACGCACGAACAGUGGAGUAGGCAAGGACGCGCUAUCGCAGACCGACAUUUUAUCGCAAAUAUCAACAUUCAUCGCGGCGGGCCACGAGACAUCCGCAUCAGCACUCACAUGGACGUUCUACGCACUGGCGCGCUCGCCGGACGAGCAGACCAUUCUUCGCGACGCGAUCAGAUCAUUACCCGCAGACGCCUCACCCGACGCAUUCAUCGCCUUACCAGAACUAGACAGAGUUGUCCGCGAAGUCCUCCGCUUACACGCGCCCGUCGGCAGCACGAUGCGGGUAUACGACGGCCCCGAUCCAGAAACGGCCGUGCCGCUGGCGCGCGGCGUACGUGUGCGGCGGGACUCGCCCUGGCCGCUGUGGCGCCUUCCGGCCGGGCUUGCGGCGUUCUUGUCGUUGAGGAUCCUAUUUGGCAAUGCGAGACGGGUGAUUAAGGCGGAGGAGGAGCGCGGGACGUUCGACCCGAGAGAGUGGACGGUGGAUGAUCACGUUCGGUUGAGGCGUGGGGAUAUUAUCACUAUCCCUAUACAGGCGGUGAAUCGCGAUCCGGAGAUUUGGGGAGAGGAUGCGCGCGAGUUUCGUCCGUCGAGGUGGCUUAAUCCCCCUGCGGCGGGUGUGAGCGCGAGUGGGCUGGUCCCGCAUAUGCUCACAUUCUUGAAUGGCUCGCCGGUAAACGGCAACAGAGCCUGUAUAGGCUACCGCUUUGCUAUGGCAGAGAUUAAAAUAUUCCUUUGCGUUCUCUUACGCGACUUCGAGUUCUCGCUGGACGAGGGCGUCGUAAUCGAGAAGCGCGUCAACGUUGUUACCCGACCAUUCGUUGUGUCUUCACCGGAACUCGGCAACCAGAUGCCGCUCAGGCUCAGAAGGAUCCCUUAA